UCUCCACAAAAAAAUGAAAAUAUUUAUUAUUAUUUUAUUAACACUUUUUGGAAUUGUUUUGGCUGGAGAUGCUGAGGACGGCCUUUCGAAAGUUGGAAGGAAAGUUGAUGAAUUUGGACAGGAUGUUAGUGAAACAGUUAAUAAAUUGUCUAAAACUGAGGGAGGUCAGAUUUGGUGUCCCGUGCCGGCUGUGGGCACUCGUUGCCCUGACAGCUCUGUCUUCCAUUACUUCCGUUGCUGUGGGACUUUGAAUAAUGAAUGUUGUCUCAAAUUACAAACAUGGGCUUUUGUUCUACUCGUAGCUGUUGGCGUUUUGAUUGCUUCUUUGAUUUUGCUUAGCGUUAUACGCUGUGUUUUUUGCCGGCGGAAAUAAAUUUUGAAAAUUGAAGAAUUUUUUUAAUUUUAAUUUUUUACAUUUCUUUUAAAACCGCUAAAUAUAGGCCAAAUUAGUGUGUACUGUCUAAACCUUGGAAAAAAGAAAAAUGCUUAUAAAAUUGAUAAGAUUUAUUCUGAUUGGGGCAAAGAACCAUGCUCAAUUGGCCUAGCUUUAUUCCAGUUGUAUAAAGUAAAAUUAAAAAAUAUUUUUUUUUAAAUAUAAAAAAAAUUUUGUAAUUAAUUUAAACAUAAUUUUAUUUAAAUUUCAUGUAUGAGCAGUAUAUACUUAUAUAAAUAUAACAUAUGUAAAUGCUAACCGAGCUUAUGGUUUAAUGGUUAAAUGGGAUAAACUUGUAGGGGUCGGGGAUUCGAACCCUUUUGUGGAAAAUUAUUUUAUAAUUAAAUUA